AUGAUCACUCCUUUUGGUCUGUAUGAAUUCCUAUGUACACUCUUUCACCUGAAAAACACAGCACAAUCCUUCCACUUGAUGAACACAGUAUGCAGAGGUCUUGAUUUUGUCUUUGCAUACUUAGAUGAUAUCCUUAUCACAAGUCAAAAUGCAGAGCUACACAAGAAGCACCUAAUGACUCUUUUUGAUAGACUGGAACAGUAUGGCUUAGUAAUCAACCCUGCCAAGUAUGUUUUUGGUGUUACAGAAAUUGACUUCUUGGGACAUCGAAUCACAGAUGCAGAUGCUACACCCCUGCUGGAAAAAGUGAAAAGCUAUCAUGUCUUUCCACACCCCACCACAAGCAAGGCUCUACACAAGGGCAUGGUAAACUUUUACCAUUUUUUUCAUCCCUUUUGCAGCAAGAGUGAUGAAACUCCUAUACAAGGCACUGUCAAAAGAUGGUUAAAAAAACAGGUGAAGUGGGAUGGUGCAAUGAUCUCAGCCUUCAAAUCCACAAAACAGGCCCUGGCUAAAGCAAUCAUGCUGUCCCAUCUCCAUUUGUCAGCAUGGACUGCACUUACAGUUGACGACCCAGACACAGCCUUUGGGGGUAUUUUAGAACAACACAUCAACAGUCAGUGGUGA